UAUUCUUCUGGCGCAUGUUUGCUGACGGUCCCUUAGCUCGCACAGCGCUGAAGCGGAUCUCAGAUCUGUAGCAGUGUGUCAGUGUCACUGUUUCACCGGGGAAGGAUACAUUCGCGUUUCACAUUUAGGCGCACUACAGCCACCGGCGAUGCUAUGCUACAUUUUUAACUGAAAGACGGAAUAACAGCAAAAAUGACGGUGGAUUUUGAGGAAUGUAUUAAAGAUUCUCCCCGAUUCAGGGCGAAUAUCGAUGAAGUUGAGACUGAUGUUGUGGAAAUCGAAGCCAGGUUAGAUAAGUUGGUGAAGCUAUGCAGUGGUAUGAUCGAAGCAGGUCGUGCGUACAUCAGUGCCAAUAAACUCUUCAUCAACGGCAUUCGAGACUUGUCUCACCACUGCAAAAAGGAGGAGAUGAUCUCAGAAUGUCUUGAAAAAUGUGGUGGGAGCCUUCAGGAAAUCGUCAACUAUCACAUGAUCCUGUUUGACCAGGCCCAGAGAUCCGUAAAGCAACAGUUGCACAAUUUUGUGAAGGAGGAUGUUCGAAAGUUUAAAGAGACGAAGAAGCAGUUCGAUAAGGUGCGGGAGGAUAUGGAGAUCGCCCAGGUGAAGAACGCACAGGCGCCUCGUAACAAACCACAUGAGGUGGAGGAGGCCACCAGCGCCCUCAUCACGACCCGGAAGUGCUUCCGACACCUCGCCCUGGACUAUGUGUUGCAGAUCAAUGUUCUUCAGGCCAAAAAGAAAUUUGAGAUUUUGGAUUCGAUGCUGUCGUUCAUGCAGGCUCAGUACAGUCUCUUCCAGCAGGGCUUCAACAUCUUAGACGAGGUCGACCCCUACAUGAAGAAGUUGGCUGCUGAGCUGGAUCAGCUGGUCAUAGAUUCAGCGAUGGAGAAGCGAGAGAUGGAGCACAAACACGCCACCAUACAGCAAAGAACUUUGAUGCAGGAUUUUGCAUACGAUGACUCCAAAGUGGAAUUCAAUGUUGAUGCUCCUAAUGGUGUGGUGAUGGAGGGAUACCUGUUCAAGAGGGCGAGCAAUGCUUUCAAGACGUGGAACAGGCGAUGGUUUUCGAUACAGAACAGUCAAUUAGUCUAUCAGAAGCGACUAAAAGACUCUUUGACUGUGGUUGUGGAGGACCUGCGGCUUUGCUCUGUGAAACCGUGUGAGGACAUUGAGAGAAGGUUCUGUUUUGAAGUGGUGUCACCUACAAAGAGCUGUAUGCUGCAGGCUGAAUCUGAGAAGCUCCGUCAAGCUUGGAUUCAAGCAGUUCAGGCCAGCAUUGCUUCUGCCUACAGGGAAAUUUCUGAGAACUAUUAUAUUGAGCGUCUGGACAGGACAGCGUCUCCCUCCACGAGCAGUAUCGACUCUGCCAGCGAGCCGCGGGAGCGUAUUGUCAGGGGAGAGAGUAUCCUACAGCGGGUCCAGUCUCUGCCAGGGAACGAGAUCUGCUGUGACUGUGGCCAGGCCGACCCUCGCUGGGCCAGCAUCAACUUCGGCAUUCUGCUCUGCAUCGAGUGCUCUGGCAUUCACAGGAGUUUGGGAGUCCACUGCUCUAAAGUUCGCUCUUUAACACUCGACUCAUGGGAGCCAGAGCUUAUAAAGUUAAUGUGUGAGCUUGGAAACACUGUAAUCAACCAGAUCUAUGAAGGUGCGUGUGAAGAGCAGGGACUUAAGAAACCUGGUCCCAACAGCUCAAGGCAGGAGAAAGAAGCAUGGAUCAAAGCGAAAUAUGUGGAGAGGAAGUCUCUGAAGAAGAUGUGUGGCUCCGAGGCUCUGGUGGAGGGGAGCAGAAAAUCACAUCACUGGAACGUGAAGAAGUGCAGGAGAAACAACAGCUCCAUCAGAGCCCCUAAAACCCGCCGGAAAUACAGACAUGAUGCCGGGAUCAUGUCGCCAGCCAAUCUCUCUGCUGCUGCGGCAGCUGCAAAGUUUCGGAGAGAAUCCUUGUUUUGUCCCGAUGAGCUUGAUUCGCUCUUCUCUUACUUCGAUACAGGCUCAGGGCCUCGCAGUCUCAGCAGUGAUAGCGGGCUUGGCGGCAGUACUGACGGCAGCACAGACAUACUCGUUUUCGGCUCAGUGGUGGACAGCGUCACUGAGGAAGAGUGUGAGGACUCCGAUGAGUCAAGUGGGGAGGUUGACAUCGAGCAGGAAGCGUGGGAUCCAGAGGACGGACGGGAGCUUGACCCGAAGACGCUGCUUCAUAAGGCGUCAAGGGCCAGAAACCUACCGGUCAUGGCAGAGGCACUCGCGCACGGGGCAGAUGUCAACUCUGUCAGUGAGGAGGACCAAAGCAAGAGUCCAUUAAUACAAGCCGUCACAGGGGGCUCUCUGAUAGCCUGUGAGUUCCUGCUGCAGAAUGGAGCAGAUGUCAAUCAGAGGGAUGUACGAGGACGGGCGCCUCUGCAUCAUGCCACGUGCCUGGGUCACACGGGACAGGUGUGUUUGUUCCUGAAGCGAGGAGCUUCUCAGAUGGAGGUCGAUGAGGAGGGGCAGGACCCUCUCAGUAUCGCUGUCCAGGCCGCCAACGCAGACAUCGUCACAUUAUUGCGUUUAGCCCGGAUGAAUGAGGAGAUGCGAGAAGCAGACGGGCCCUUCGGACAGCCAGGUCAAUACCCCAGCAGCAGUCCCACAGAACAGCAGUACAAAAAGUGUAUUCAGGAGUUUAUCUGUCUCACGAUUGACGAAUGCUAGGGGGCGCUGUUGAGCGCUGACAGACUGUGAGGAGAACUACAUAAGUUUGUAGCCCUUAGCGGGAAUAGCUUUAGCAGAAAUCGAGUGCUAUCUUCAUCCUCCUACCCUCCUGACCAAUUAAUUCACACGUUGUGUUCAUAUGUACAGUAUGUAUGUGGUUAACACAAAAUAUUAAAAUCAAAUGGCUGAUGCGACAGUAUGCGAGGGCUAGAUUGCUGUUUUGAAUUGUGCACCAUUAAAACGUGACGUUAAUCGCGAUUAAUUGGGGGAUUAACAGCCAACAGGCAAAAACAAACAUUUGUUUCGAAUGAAUUUGAAUUCAUUAGCAAUUCAAAACAGCAUUUCAGUGUUAUUGAGUCAUUAUGUGCAAAAUAUGACUGUGCGCACUUUUCCUACCGACAGUAUUUGUUUUGUUUUGUUUUUUACGACUGAAUUCUUGUAAAUGUUGUUUGUUGUGUUUUUCAUUUAUGUUCCGUCCUGAGGAUUAGUGCAAUGAUAACUGGAAUACGGAAAAACUGUAUCCAUUUAUAUUUUCUCGUUUAGUAAAAAAAAAAAAACUACUAUACUUUUUUUUUUUUUUGCCUUUUACAUUUCAAAAAACACACCGGCCUCCCCUCAUAUGCUAAUAAAACGGGUGUUUUGACCCCUUUAAGAGAUGUCAGCUAUUCAAAAUUAUUUAUAGAACUUAUAGCAACCGUCUGUUUUAUAUAUUUGUACUUGUAUUGCCAAGU